AUGACACAACCUCCCCACCGUGCACCCCCCAAACGCACCGUCCCCAAGAUCUCCGCCCCCAAACCACCCGCGGCCCCAUCUACCAAGCAGCCCGCAAAGCCGAAGAAAGAAAAGCGAUACCCCUUCGACUCGCACCAAGACGACAUCAUCGUCAACACCACUGAACUCGACACCGCUCCCGGCUACAGGCGUGGUCUAGUGGACUACCGGCAUAAACUCACGCUGAAGAAGACGUAUAACCAUAUCACGACGGACUAUGCGGAGGAUAUGAAGAUGACUAUUCCGAAAGAUGCGGUUACGCCGCUUGGGUCUUCACCACUGAUCGAUGAAGAUGGCGGCGAGGAUGAAGACGACGGGGAUGAGAAGGAUGAUGAGAACACCAGCGCCAAAGCCAACAACCCCAAGUCCAAGCGCGACGAACGUACCUACGUGCCCGAAGUCAGCGACACAAUCAUCGACUACACCAAGCUGCCCAAACCGCGCUGCAACCGCCCUAACUACGUAGAAUAUAUCUACCGCGCUACAACCACCAACCCCGCUGUCUUCCUCGCUAUCCUGCGUGUCGCAGAGAGGAACUUGCCGUUUAUAAAUUUCGACUCGGCGAUCACGCAUUUACCCAAUUUAUUGGCGAAUUCGAGGCUUCCUGGUAUACCAGCCCUCUCAUCUCUGUCGUCCGAUCCCUCCACCCCCUCUACACCGUCCGCGCCGUCCGCACCAUUCGAAUCUUCAGAUCAGCCCCGGAAGAAGGGUAAACACGGACAACCCGCUUUCACAGAAGACACCCCCCACGAGAAGAAAGAAGCAGAUACGGCGAUGACAAUCCUCUUCCUACCGAACCUGUACGAAGACGGGCGCCACGCGCUCGGGUACUACGCCCUCGCACCCGAGGCAGACCCAGCCACUAAACAACUUAACCCGGAAGAUGUUGUGCAGAUUCUGUUUACGCCGUGCGGUAUAUCUGAUUUGGUGGAGGCGAGAUUGUUGGAGUGGACGCCUAUUGAUCCUGAUAUGAAAGCACGGGCUGAUGAGAAGAAGAGUCAUGGCAAGAAGGGCGACGGGGUGGGAGGUGGGGAUGUGAAGGUUGAGGAGGGAGGGGAGGGAAAUGCUGGAGAUGGAGACGAAGAAGAAGAGUUGACUGUUGAAUACAUAGAACAUGUGGCUGCGAGGGGAGGGGAGUGGUUGGAGCGGGAUGUAGUAGGAGAUUGGGAGGAGUGGUGUAGGAGUUUUAGGGUUGCGAGGAGGGUUUGGGAGAAGGUGCUUAAGGGGGUUGUGGAGGUUAGGGAGGUUGAGGAUGUGAAGGAGGAGAUCGAGAUGAAGGAAGAGGUUGGGGUGAAGGAGGAGGCUGGGGCAUGA